AUGAGAGAUAAUCUUGAAGCUGUGGAAACCAGGCUGAAGAACAGUGAGACCAGGCUGAAGGACAGCGAGACCAGGCUGAGGAACAGUGAGAACCAGAUUCUGGAACUGAGGAACAAAGAAAGAACCAAGGUGAUAUUUAGUGCAGCAGUAGGGGAAGGAUCUAAAGACAUUGGUCCCUUCAACAGAGACAUAACUCUAAUCUACAGAGAUGUAAAGACAAACAUUGGUAAUGCCUACAGUCCAUCCACAGGUAUUUUUGUCGCCCCUGUUGCAGGUGUUUAUUACUUCACCAUCUUUUAUCAUGCUGGAGGAUAUCAUCAAUCAAAGCUGCAGCUCUACAAAAACAAUCAACAUAUGGUCACGACCCAUGAUCAUGCAUCACAACAUGAUGGAGCUGAUAAUGGAGGAAAUGCAGUGUUCAUGCAGCUGCAGCCAGGAGACCAGGUGUAUGUGCGCAUGGUUGCAAAAUCACAUGUUUGGGGAUCUGACUACCAUACCACCUUCAGUGGUUUUCUAGUCACUCAGAUGUGA